UUGAAGCCAAGCAGCAGCUGUACACUUCACUCUCAGACUGAGGCCCUGCAUGCUAAACCCACAGAUCAGCAGUGGCAGCUGUCGGGUAGAUUGAAGCUCUCCAGACCGCUUGUUCUUUCCGUUCCACAAGUGUUCUUUCUAUUCUGAAAAGUAAAGUCUUUACCGGUUCUCGGGCAGGAAUGGACUGCUACUUCUGCAGGAGUAAAGUGGCUGUGUGAUCGAAGCUUGUGUCUUAGGGUUGGACAUUGUAUGGCCGUUGAACUUACUCUGCGACUGAGGGGCUGUACCUGAUGAGCCUUUGAGGCUGUCGGGGUGGAGUGUUGCCCCCAAAGUGAAUGCCUCGCUUCCUAUGGUCCCAUUCUGAACUGGGCAUCACUGCUGGUCUCCUGCUUGGACUCUGCUUUCACCGCUUGGACCCGUAUGGAAGCAACCAGAACCCAUUUCACCGCUCGGAGCUGAAGGAAUUCCGACGGCAGCUGUGUGCAGGAACUGGAACAAAGCUGGAGCAGGAGCUAGUUGCUUGAAAGCUCGCCGCCACCCGGCUGCAUCUCCUUCACGUUUGACCUCUAAUGGGAAAGAGCAAGACGGACUCCCAGAGUGUCAUUGCAACUGAGUCCAGCACGGGGCUGGUGCUGGAGCAGCCUCACAGACCGGCAUGGGGGAACAAGCUGCAGUAUAUCCUGGCCCAGGUGGGGUUCUCUGUGGGACUUGGAAACGUCUGGAGGUUCCCGUAUCUCUGCCACCAGAAUGGAGGUGGAGCGUUCCUUUUCCUCUAUCUACUUCUGCUUGUGGUGAUGGGAAUCCCGCUGUUUUUCCUGGAACUGGCAGCAGGGCAGAGCAUCCGCCAGGGCAGCAUUGGAGUCUGGAAGCACAUUGACCCAAAGCUGGCUGGCAUUGGAUUUGCCAGUUGUGUGGUCUGUGCCUUUGUCUCACUCUACUAUAAUGUCAUCAUUGCCUGGAGUCUCUUCUACUUUGGUCACUCUUUCCAGUACCCACUGCCCUGGGAAUCGUGUCCCUCUCUCCCCAACAACACAGGAGUAGUGACCGAGUGCAGUAAGAGCUCCCCCACCACUUACUUCUGGUACCGUGAAACCUUAGAGAUCACCGGCUCCAUCAAUGAGAGUGGAGGCCUGGACCCCACCAUGACAGGCUGCCUGUUUGCAGCAUGGGUCAUUGUCUGCCUCGCCAUGAUCAAAGGAAUAAAGUCCUCAGGGAAGGUCAUGUACUUCAGUUCCCUCUUCCCUUACCUCGUGCUUUUCUGCUUCCUCAUUCGAGGCCUCCUACUGGAAGGGUCCGCGGAUGGAAUUCGCUACAUGUUCACUCCUAAGAUUGAAAUUUUGGUGGACACACAAGUGUGGCGCCAGGCUGCAACGCAAGUCUUCUUCGCCCUGGGUCUGGGCUUUGGCAGUGUCAUUGCUUAUUCCAGCUACAAUCCCCACACCAAUAAUUGCCAUUUUGAUGCCUAUCUCGUCUCCUUCAUCAACUUUUUCACAUCCGUCUUUGCCACGCUGGUUGUCUUCGCUGUGCUGGGCUUCCGAGCAAACGUCCUCACUCAGAAAUGCUUACAAAGGAACACCGUUCUGGUGACAGAUCUGAUUAACAGUGGCCUUUUGAACAGAAGUUUGAUCCCCGAGUCUUUAAACUUCUCAACGGUAUCGCACGAGCAAUACAGCAAAUGGUUUAACUCUUGGGAACCGGAGCUGGUCCGUUAUGGUGUGGAGCAGUGUGACCUCAGACAAGAAAUGCAGAAGGGCGCUGAGGGUACAGGACUUGCCUUCAUUGCUUUCACCGAAGCCAUCACGCAUUUUCCUGCAUCGCCAUUUUGGUCUCUCCUGUUCUUCCUGAUGCUGCUGAACUUGGGACUGAGCACAAUGUUCGGAAACAUGCAGGGAAUUCUCACCCCACUCCUUGACAACUUCCCCUUGCUGUCCCGGAGGAAGUCACUCUUCACAGUGUUCUGUUGUAUCCUGGGGUUUAUCACUGGACUACUCUUUACACAGCGGUCGGGGAAUUACUUUGUCACCAUGUUUGAUGACUACUCUGCAACAUUGCCUCUGAUUAUCGUCGUACUGUUUGAGCUGAUGGCAGUUGCCUGGAUCUAUGGAGCUGACAAGUUUAUCGAUGAUAUCCGGGAAAUGAUUGGUGACCGGCCAUUCUUCCUGUACAAGUACUUGUGGAAAUUUAUCUGCCCUAUUGUUAUGGUGGCUCUGCUCCUUGCCAGCCUAAUCCAUAUGUGCAUCAAGCACCCAACGUACCGAGCGUGGAAUGAAAUCAAGGCAGGGGAAGUAUUGGUGGAGUACCCAGGCUGGGCAUUAGCUAUGAUGAUCACCCUGAUUAUUGUUGCCUCCCUGCCCAUCCCUGUCCUGUACCUCCGGCGAAAGCUGCUGGACAGACAGAGCAGUCGCUCGGACUACUCCGAGUGCGCCUACAUCGAGGCUAAUGCAGGCGACGAGGCUUCCUUCCCCCUGAACGAGAACGGCGAUGAGGCCAUGGGGCCAAACGGCUACCUGAAAGUUGACACCGAAGAGGGAGGUAUGGAGCGGUCUGAGCUGCUCUCAGACGAGGAAGGAGAAGAGGAUGUGUUCGAAAUGGACAACAUGUCGCAGGAGAAAAAUCCUGAAACGGAUUUGAAGCUGUAGCUCCCGUGGAGCUUGUUCUUUUUUGGACACUUCAGGCCUUUCUACAAAAUACAUGGUGCAAAAAAAAAAUGUUAACACUGCCAUCCGAUGAUCUGGGUGCGGGCGUUUUCUUGUCAAUCUGAUUUGGUUUGGAGGCGAUUGUCCGCAUUAGCAGGACAUUCUGUCUCUCUGCCCCCUACAAACAUCCACCCUAAACAGACAUGGUUACCAUAUGAUGGGCGCAGCCUGUACUAAAGUUUCACCUUAGCAACAUCCUAAAGAAACUAAUUUAUAUUUUGGAUGAGAAAAAGAACCAAUUAUGUAGAAAAAGAAGCAUGGAGCAAGAAAGAGUGAGUUUCCAAAAGGAACUAAAUCUUUGAAAACAAUAUUGACCAUUGGUUUUGGA